UCAGUCACACUAUCAGCUGCCUGACAAAAACACGAUUUUAGUGCAGCUCUUAUAUAGCUAAAUCCGUGUAAAUAUUGUGAUUAUCAAUUAAAAUGUUGCUGAAACAGUUGCCCCAGGCCGUUCAGCAGAUACGCUGCGUCUCAUCGGCCACGACGGCGGUAACCAGGCUGCAUCGCUCGGUUUAUUGCCGGCUAUAUCCCACUGUAGUGGUUCAGCCCGAUGGAUCCACGAUAAACAUCCGCUAUCACGAGCCGAGGAAGAUUAUCAAGCUUCCGCUGGACUUGAGUACUUUAACCGAUGCGGAGCGCAGAUCUAGAUUGGAGGCCCGCAAGCCGCGCAAGAAAGUCAAGAUCAUGGAGGAGGUGGAGGACAACUUCAACGCCAAGAAGUACAUGAAGUACAUCAAGAAGAAGUAGUCGCAUUUUAAAAUUGUUAAAUAAAACACAGAAACCCGUUA